AUGACCAAGUUCUUCGAUGCUUGCAGGGUUCAUCUGAAGGAUGCUGCGACUCAUAUGGAGAAGGGGAGGGCCUUGUAUGCUGAGGCAGAGGAGCUUCCGGGCUUCGACCACUGCGGGCGCUGCUUCGCACUGGCGCUGGAUGAACUCAACAAGCUCCACGCACUUCGUGGGCCAAUUCCUGGUCCCAUGCCGUUGCCUCUCAGGGAGACCUUCCAGGAGUUCUCCUCGGAGCACCACCGGCUGAGCUGUGGGGCCUUGUUGAAUCUGGCGCAGUGCAACUUGAAGGCGGCACGCUACCGGGCAGCCUUGGAGAAUGCAGAGGAGGCCUUGAGCUUGGAGAAGAGUGCCAAGGCCUACUACCGGAAGGCCUUAGCCCUAGAGGGCCUGGGCUUGGACGUUCAGGCGCUGCCGAUGUGGCAGAAGGCCUUGCGCGAGGCGCCGAAGGAUCCCAUGAUCCGGCAGAAGCUAACGAAAGCCAUCGAGAAAGUGAAGGAGCAGCGCUGCUGGGAGGCCAGGGCCUUCCGUGGGGCGCUGGGCUCUGAGACCCGGUCGGAGGCGGCACGUGCCCAGCGUGCGGAACGGUUGCAGCAAAUCGUCCGCCGGGCGUGCGAGUAUGUGAACGUCGGUGAUGUGCGAAGAGGAGAGCUUUUGAGCCUGUGCACGACGCUGGUUUCAACCGGGGAGCUGGACACGCAUGAAGUGGAGGCGCUGAACGCCCUCUUCGCUCAGUCGAUCACCUGCACUCAGCCUGGACUGCCGGACUUGGAGCUUUCGAAGGACGAGGUGACCUUCUUGGACUCCCUGAACCUCACCUUGCCCGGGCACUCGCAGGGCCCGCGGGGCCCGCAGCCCCGCGCGCGGGUGGCCGAGCUGCUGCAGCGCUUGCGGCAGGGGCUUCCGCUGGGCGCUGAGGAGGAGCACUUCCUCCGCGAGGAGCAGCAGCGCCUGGAAGCUGCCCUUGGCUAA